GAACGGCAUCUCCCGGACCCCGGAAUAGGGUUGCUUCUCGUUUUCCUAGGCCUUUGGUGCGGCUGUCGGGAUGAAGGGACUCAGUUCGAGAUUGACCUGCGACGGUGGCUGACGGCCCACGAGGUUCGGGAUCGUGCUGGGAAGCGUGGCAAGGUUGGCUUGGAGUUGUUCUGUGAAUAGAAGAGGAAUACCUUGGUGCCUCGUUAUAUUGAGUUUAUCAUUUGUAAAGUGUGAAGAGAUCCGAGCAGACGUGCGGAAAGUGUUUUUGAAAGAAAAGAAGUGCAAUUUAUAGUAUUAAGUUAAUUUGAGUGUUGAAGAAAAAGGAUGCAACUUGGGUUAUGUUUGAUGACAAGUGAAUUUCGAUCAACGAUAUAAAAGUGUUUAAGUGUAAUAUAAAAAAUAGCACAAUUCAUUAGUGUGACGAACUGUUGAUUAGGAUAAUCUGAAGGUGUAUCUCCAGAAGCGCAUAUAGUGAAAUAGUUCCAGAUAUUAGAAAUGAAGACGGAGUUCAAAACCUGUGGUAACUGUGCGGAACCGAUCACCGAUCGGUACAUCUUCGAGGUGAACGGCAGCGCCUGGCACGGGUCCUGUUUGCGUUGCAGUGUCUGCUUCUGUCCGCUGGAUCGUCAGGUUUCGUGCUAUCUGCGCGACGGUGACAUGUACUGCAAAGCGGAUUACAUCAAGAAGUUUAAGACGAGCUGUGCCAAGUGUUCGCGCUCGAUAUCGGCCACCGAUUGGGUACGCCGCGCUCGGGAGUAUGUGUUCCAUUUGGCGUGCUUUGCGUGUGAUUCGUGUGGCCGACAGUUAUCGACCGGCGAACAGUUUGCCAUCUGCGAGGAACGGGUAUUGUGCAAGACACACUACAUGGAGCUGAUCGACGAUGGGACGGCUUCGAGUGAGGAUGGGUGUGAUGCGGACGGGAACGGGAAGAACAAGACCAAGCGUAUCCGGACCACGUUCACGGAGGAACAGAUACAGAUCCUGCAGGCCAACUUCCAGGUGGAUAGCAACCCGGACGGGCAGGAUCUGGAGCGGAUUGCCCUCGCGACUGGGCUGAGCAAGCGAGUCACACAGGUUUGGUUCCAGAAUUCGCGCGCUCGGCAGAAGAAGCAUGUGCAUGGUGAGUGUCCAACGGGAAUUGAGUUUAACUAUUUUGAGGGUUGUUGUAACUUAAAUUUCUUUUAUGUUCUCUUAUGCUUUCCAAUAGUUCCACGAGCUCAGGAUCUGUUUAGUGGCAUGCGCUCGGAUCUCAACAACAACAACAGCUGUAGCAGCAGCAACAGCAAUGAUGGCCCACCAGGACAUCAUCUCGGAGGGAUUGGACCGGAGGACUGUGUACUGGGCAAGACGGCAAUCUUUAACUCGCACGGCUUCAUCAACCUUGUGGUGUGACGCGAUCAGCAGCGGGCAUACCAUCGGUGGAUGGAUGUUUGCGAUCAACAGUGCCAUUGACCAACGGUUACGGAAUGAAUCCGGACAGGCGACCGGAGCCGUGUUCCGUUGGUUGUUUCUUCCCUCACGAGCUAGAGGGAUUCCUUCCGAGAUAACGCUCGUUGUUGGCCUGCUGGCCAAAGAGCUGGCAUAGAGUUCUGUACAGCAGUGCCCUGGAUGGCUUCUUAUUGAGUGAAAUGGCUCAGAAUUCUACGAUGAGCACGAGUGCUUCUUGGGUGCUUUGCUUGUGGGUCUGUAAUAUGCAAAAAAAGGCUUGCCAAUUGGAAUAUGUGUCUCAAGAGGAGCUUGAGUAUGUAUAACAGUAUUGAAGAUCAGAUUUUUGUACGGUUAAAUAUACAACAUUGAGAAUCAAA